AUGGCAAAGAAAGUAGGAGAUUCGGCUGAACUCAAUUACGACAUGAAUUACAACUUGUUUUUGUUGAAGACUUCUAUGCAGAACUUAAAAACAGCACAGGAUAAACAUAACGUGAACCGUUGGGUGCACAAAUUGUUGGCGAGCAAUAAGACAAUUGCUGAAAUGAAGCUUCGAAACGAUUUCAUGUUCCACCUGGUGACGGCCGUCCAAGAGGGCGAGCUUCGCCCACCGUUCAAUCAGUACCCGCCGUCGUUACCCCUCAACAAUCUGACGUACCUACUAACGGGAAGCGCACCCAGUUCUAGUGGCAAGGACGGGAAAAAAGGCGCCGGCGCUUGGGAAUGCGAUUUAAACAGUGAAGACACGGAAAAGCCCAUGUUGUACAGACAGUCACCUGACGGCGGAGCGUUUUUGGCCGCACAACCUAUACCAAAGUGUGGAGCGUUCUGCUACUUGGCCGUGGUCAGUAAGCCACCAGCAAAGGACGACAAGCCCAAGUUGUAA